GGUUAUAGUUAUUUUUUUAACAUUUAUCUUUUUUGUUCAAUAACUAAAAUUAUUUAAAGUCUCAUUUUCCUCAGGUCUAUAUUUAGACUUGAAAUGACAGGUCUUCAAAUGACGAUUCUUAUAAUGAUUCUUUUUUUAAACGCAAAUAAUAAAUCUGGUUACGAAUACAUGUAUACAAGAAAUAUUGAGCAUAGUUAAGUGCGGCGAGCUCUCUGCUUAUCGCUUAUAGCUCUGCGUUUUUGCAAGAAAUAUUACUCAAGAGAGUCUCAAAAGACAAUGAUCCCGUUGUGAGCUAAAUGGCUUCGAAAUACACCGGAAAUAGUAACCCGGAAGUAUAGGCAGUAAACAGCUUGCAAUGCAUCCUAGAAAACACCAUCCAUGCAAGUUAGGUUUAAGCGUAAAUUUUAGUGAAGAACAAAUUUUAAUAGGACACUGUCUCAAUCAAUAAUAGUAAAUUUAUCAUUGGAAUUGUAAAAUUCUACUCUUGAUAUUACUAUACUCCUAUAUUAGUCCCUGAUUGUAUCUAAAAUUAUCAUUCCCAUGACAUAUCAUAAAGUUAUGUAAUUUUUUUAAAAAAUACUUAAAUGGCGACUUCAAAAUUUGAAACUGUUAGCAUUACUGUUAAGUUUAGAGGAUGCUUGGUUGGUGCUUUGAUUGGUGAUUGUUUUGGUGCUCCGUUUGAAUUUGCUAUCGUUUCAGACAAAAAGCUGAAGAAGUUUUUCACUAGAAUUCUUAAUGGAGAAAAAAGAAAAGGAUAUCCUUAUACAGAUGACACUGCAAUGUCGUUAUCAGUUGCUAGAUCACUGAUUAAAAAUAAGGAAAUCUGUCCUAUUGACUUGGCUAAAAGAUUUGUGCAUGAAUAUUUUACUGACCCUCAAACACCAGCACGAUCAUAUGGCGGACAUGUUCGGAAUGUGUUUGCGGCUUUAAAGAAGUCAAAUUUUCAAGAUGUGUUUCAACCUGCUAAAAAGCAGUUCAAUGGAGCAGGAUCUUUUGGUAAUGGAGCUGCUAUGAGAAUUGCACCUGUUGCUUUAUUCGUUCAUGAUAAAGAUGACAACUAUAUAAAAAAUGCAGUGGAACAAUGCUCUUUUGUUACUCACACUCAUCCCAAUGGCUAUAAUGGAGCUCUAUUAUUGUGUUUAGCUAUACACUUAGCUCUAAAAUUAGAACCUUCCAAAGAACUUGAUCCUAUGAAAUUCAUUUUGGAUCUUGAAGAGAAGAUGAGAAGCUUUAAGAACCAGGGAUUUGGACAGUUCUAUUUUAGCAUCAAAGGAAUAAAACAUUGUCUUGAACAGAAAGAGGAUCUCACUCCCGUUGAUGUAGCUUAUCAUUUAGGUAAUGAUGUUUCAGCCUUGAGAUCUGUUCCUACUGCAAUUUAUUCAUUUCUCAGAAGUUUGAAACCUCUUCCAUAUUAUGACACCACAAAUCCAUUUAUUCGAACCAUCUACUUUGCUAUAUCAGUCGGUGGUGAUACUGAUACUAUUGCUACAAUGGCAGGUGCUAUUGCUGGUGCAUAUUAUGGUGAUGACAUAAUUCCAAAAAAUUUUAAGAAAGUUUGUGAUAAAAUAAAGGAAGUUGAAGUAUUAUCAGAUGAACUACUAAAGGCUUCUCAAGCUUGAAUCUGUUUUUGAUGAAUUUCAUACUGAAAGAAAAGUAUACAUAUGUUUUAAGGAUUCUUUUCAUACUGAAUGAAAAGUAUCAUAUGCUUAAUUUAAGACUUAUAUGUAUAUUUUUAGAUCUUAUUUUUUUAUUAAACUUUUGCUUUUAAAUAAAUUAUUAAUUUCA